AUGGAUAUCGUUGCUCUGAAAGGCCUAGGUAUUGGAUUGCUCUUUGUGUUAGCAUUUGUUGGAGGAUUAAUACCACUAUGCUGUAUCAGAUCCCAUUCGCAAGGAAUGGCAGAAAGCGCCAUCACAAGACGUGUUAUCAGUCUACUAAACUCAGCCGCGGCUGGAAUAUUCUUGAGCAUCGCACUCGUUCAUCUCCUUCCAGAUGUGAGGAUGAUUUUCGACAAGGCGCUGAACAUCACUCACGGCGGUGAAGUAGAAGGGGGCGGAAUGGCCAUGGGUUUCGACUGGGCUGGCUUCACGGCUGGUGUGGGCUUCCUGUUCGUUGUGUUCGUGGAACAGUUGAUGAUGUGGUGCCUGGAGAGCUCAGAGAGAACUGAUAAUACCGCAUCUGACACAUCUCACCUGGUGAAGUCCACAACCAGAGAGUCGGACACCGAUGGCCAUGGCGAAUACGGGGCGUUGCGUGAACGAUCGCCUUCAGAGUGUCAAAGCGAAGCAUCGAUUACCGUCCAACGAGGCCUGGACGACCUCCAGCCCCUCACUUCCUUCCGAGCCAUCGUCCUCCUUGUUUCACUCUCCUUUCACGGCCUCUUCGAAGGGCUAGCCCUUGGUCUUCAGCUUGAGGAGCAGGACACCAUAGACCUGUUGAUUGCCAUCUCUAUCCAUAAGGGCAUCGAGAGUUUCACCGUUCUUCUUCGGUUCGCUCAACUACCAGGACGGGAUGUUCUCAAGUGGAGUAGCCUCGUCAUCUUCUCUCUCACGUCCCCAAUCGGCAUCGGUAUCGGCAUUCCACUCGCUGAUCCGUCCGUCAACGCUGAUGCUCUAUUAGUCAAUGGUAUCCUACAAGGUUUAGCCACUGGGACAUUUAUGUUUGUGACGUUUGUGGAACUUCUCCCUGUUGAAUUAGCGGGGAAAGAUGAUCGGCUGCUGAAAUGUACUUGUCUAAUAGCUGGAUUUGGACUGAUGUGUGGUUUGACGCAGAUUUAA